CGAUCUCCGAGCCGGGGCUGCGAGGAUUCCCAAGGCAGCGCGCGGAUGCCUUUACCUCUUUGCAACCAUUGUAACUUCGGCGCUGCGCGUAGUUCUGAGGGCAUUCCUCGAGCAGCGGUCGGAGGCUGCUGUGCUGGGUUGGAGCUUUCCCGUACCGCUGUGCGAUGCGUAUCUGAGUGAGGCAUUCCUUCUGGCUUCUGUUGGAGAGAGAAGACUGCUAGGAUGUGACUUAAAAUGUUUUCUGAUUCUGGGGACCCUGUGAAAAGUAUCCUGUGCUUGAAUGUUUGUUAAGGUCAGUUGCUGAUGUAUGGUCAGGAUGAGUGGAUUAGGAGAAAACUCCUUGGAUAGCUUGACCAAUGAGUCAAGGAAACGUAAGCCGCUGCCCUGUGAUACUCCAGGUGCAAGUCUGACCUGCAGUGGUGAGAAGCGUCGACGUGAGCAGGAAAGCAAAUACAUUGAAGAACUGGCUGAACUGAUAUCUGCUAAUCUGAGUGACAUUGACAAUUUCAAUGUCAAACCAGACAAGUGUGCUAUUUUAAAGGAAACUGUGAGACAGAUUCGACAGAUAAAGGAGCAAGGAAAAGCAGUUUCCAAUGAUGAUGAUGUUCAGAAAGCUGAUGUGUCUUCCACAGGUCAAGGAGUUAUUGAUAAGGACUCCUUGGGACCUCUUUUACUACAGGCAUUGGACGGUUUCCUGUUCGUUGUCAAUCGAGAUGGGAACAUAGUAUUUGUGUCAGAAAAUGUCACACAGUAUUUGCAAUAUAAACAGGAAGAUUUGGUUAAUACAAGUGUCUAUGGUAUCUUGCAUGAAGAGGACCGGAAGGACUUCCUUAAAAACUUGCCUAAAUCUUCAGUUAAUGGAGUCGCUUGGACCAAUGACGCACCUAGACAGAAGAGUCAUACAUUUAAUUGUCGGAUGAUGGUGAAAACUUCCCAUGAUCUUUUGGAAGAUGUGGGCAGCCACCAGGAAACACGCCAGAGAUAUGAAACAAUGCAGUGCUUUGCAUUAUCCCAGCCAAGAGCUAUGAUGGAAGAGGGGGAAGAUUUACAGUCCUGUAUGAUUUGUGUGGCACGUCGUAUCGCAACUGCAGAAAGAGUAUUUUCAGCAAAUCCAGAGAGCUUCAUUACCAGACAUGAUCUUUCAGGCAAACUUGUCAACAUCGACACAAACUCAUUACGAUCUUCCAUGAGACCUGGCUUUGAGGAUACAAUUCGCCGGUGUAUUCAGAGGUUCUUAUGCCAUAACGAUGGACAGUCGUGGUCAAACAAACGCCACUAUCAUGAAGCUUAUACACAAGGCCAUGCUGAAACACCAUUGUAUCGCUUUUCCUUAGCGGAUGGAACUAUAGUGACAGCACAAACAAAGAGUAAAGUGUUCAGAAAUCCAGUAACUAAUGAUCGCCAUGGAUUUGUCUCUACUCACUUUCUUCAAAGAGAGCAAAAUGGAUAUCGACCGAAUCCUAAUGCAGUUGGGCAAAACAUCAGAACAACAGUGGCUGGAAAUACAAAUUCUGUUGGUCUUAUGAAUAUGUCACCUGGUCAAGGCAUGACAAUGCAGAACAGGAACUAUAGCCUGGGAGAUCCCAGUACAGUGGGUCAGCUGAGUAGCUCUCGAUAUGGAGGCUCUGGUAAUAUGGGACAAGUGAGCUCUGGACCUGGAAUGCAGUCCUCUGCUUAUCAGAGCAACAAUUAUGGGUUAAAUAUGAGUAGCCCACCACAUGGUAGUCCUGGUUUAACUUCUAAUCAACAGAAUCUAAUGAUGUCUACUAGGAAUCGAGGGAGUCCAAAAAUGAAUUCACACCAGUUUUCUCCAGUUACAGGUAUGCACUCUCCAAUGGGAUCUGCCAGCAACACCAGCAACAGCACUUUCUCUAGCAGUUCUCUUAGUGCUCUUCAAGCCAUUAGUGAGGGGGUUGGAACUUCCCUUUUAUCAACACUUUCUUCACCAGGUCCAAAAUUGGAUAGUUCUCCAAACAUGAGCAUAACUCAGCAAAAUAAAGGAAAUAACCAGGACUCCAAAAGCCCUUCAGGCUUGUAUUGUGAACAAAAUCAGGUGGAAAGUUCCAUCUGCCAAUCAAACAGCAGGGAUGUCCUAGGUGAAAAAGAUAGUAAAGAGGGAAGUCUAGAUGCAUCUGAAAGUCAGAGAGGACAAUCUGAAAGCAAAGGGCAUAAAAAGCUGCUUCAGUUACUCACAUGCUCUUCAGAUGAAAGAGGACAUUCUACAGCAUCAAACUCACCUUUAGACUCCAAUUGUAAAGAAUCUUCUACCAAUGUUACCAGUCCUUCAGGAGUUUCCUCAUCAACAUCUGGAGGGGUUUCUUCCUCCUCAAAUGUGCAUGGGUCACUCCUGCAAGAGAAGCAUAGGAUUUUACAUAAAUUGUUGCAAAACGGUAAUUCCCCUGCAGAGGUUGCCAAAAUAACAGCUGAAGCUACUGGUAAAGACACAUAUCAUGACACUAGUAACACAGUCCCGUGUGGAGAAGGUACAGUCAAACAGGAACAACUGAGCCCAAAGAAGAAAGAAAACAAUGCUUUACUAAGAUACCUGUUAGAUAAAGAUGAUGUUAAGGAUCCGCUUUCCAAAGAGCUAAAGCCAAAAGUGGAAAAUGUAGAUAAUAAAAUGGGACAAUGCAGUAGUUCUACUAUUCCUACUUCCAGUCAAGAAAAGGAGAUGAAAAUAAAAACAGAACCAACAGAAGAGAUGAGUGGAGACUUGGAUAAUUUGGAUGCAAUUUUAGGGGAUCUGACUAGUUCAGACUUUUAUAAUAAUGCGAUGUCUGCAAGUGGAAAUAACUUUGGAACGAAGCAAGCAUUAUUUCAAGGAAAUGCUCCACUGACAGGUAUGAGGAGUCCCCAGUCUGUGCAGGCUGCCCGCCCGCCUUUCAGCAGAGCCAUGUCUUUAGACAGCCCUGUGGGCUCAGGUGCUACAGUGCGAAAUGUCAAUGCAUUCUCCAUGUUACAAAAGCAAAACCUGAUGGGUGGAUGUCCAAGAAUGACUGAAAACCAGGAAAGCUUUGGAGCAAAUAUUGCAAGUACUCCCAAUAGAAGUGUAUCUAUGAAUCAACAUCAAUCAGGAGACUGGGGUUUGGCAAAUUCGAAGGUUAGCAGAUUGGAACCUACAAGCUCUACUUCCAUGCUGAGACAAGGAGCUGAGUUCAGUGCAUCCCUUCCCAGACCCACAGCGGGUGCAUCUAUGCCUGGGCUGCCCGUCCGUUCAAACAGCAUCCCUGGGACAAGACCGAUGCUACAACAGCAAAUGAUGCAUAUGAGGUCAAAUGAGAUUAAUGUUGGUAUGGGGGGAAAUCCUUAUGGACAGCCAGGACCAGCCAGCCAGCCAGGAUCAUGGCCUGACAACAUGCUGUCCAUGGAGCAAGCAUCUCGGGGUUUACAAAACAGACAAUUAGUGAGGAACUCUUUGGAUGACCUCUUAAGUGCAGCACCAAGUGUGGAAGGCCAGAAUGAUGAAAGGGCUCUUUUGGAUCAGCUGCACACAUUGCUGAGUAAUACGGAUGUCACAAGCCUUGAAGAAAUUGACAGAGCUCUAGGAAUUCCUGAUCUUGUAAACCAAGGGCAAACUUUGGAACCCAAACAAGAUUCAUUUCAAGGUCAGGAAUCCGCAGUGAUGAUUGACCAGAAGCCUUCAUUAUAUGGUCAGCCCUACCAAGGGCAGGGCACAGCCUUGCCAGGAGGUUUUAAUAACAUCCAGGGACAGCAGCCAUCCUUUAAUUCCGUGAUGAAUCAGAUGAGCCAACAAAACAGUUUUCCACUUCAAAGUAUGCAUCCUAGAGCAAAUGCAAUGAGACCUCGGACCAAUACACCAAAGCAGCUCCGCAUGCAGCUCCAGCAGAGGCUUCAGGGGCAGCAGUUUAUGAAUCAAACCCGUCAAGCGCUUGAAAUGAAAAUGGAAAAUCCAGGCAGCAGUAAUAGCUCAGUGAUGAGACCAGUAAUGCAGCCACAGGUGGGAUCACAGCAGCAAGGUUUUCUUAAUGCUCAAAUGGUGGCUCAGCGUAACAGGGAGCUAAUAAGUCAUCAUUUUAGACAACAGAGGAUGGCAAUGAUGAUGCAGCAGCAACAACCUCAGGCCUUCAGUCCACCACCAAACGUGACUGCCUCAGGAAGCAUGGAUAGUGGUCUGACCGGCCCUCCGAUGGCUCAAGUUCCUCCACAGCAAUUCUCCUAUCCACCUAAUUAUGGAAUAAGCCAACAGCCUGAUCCUGCGUAUAGUAGAGUAUCAAGCCCUCCCAAUCCAAUGAUGGCAUCAAGAAUUGGACCUUCCCAGAAUCCUAUGAUGCAGCAUCCUCAGGCAGCACCAAUGUACCAGUCUCCUGAGUUGAAGGGCUGGCCAUCGGGGAGCAUGGCCAGGAGCAGUUCUUUCCCACAGAACCAGUUCAGCCAUCAAGGUAAUCCUGCAACAUACAGUAUGAUGCACAUGAAUGGCAGCAGUGGCCAUAUGGGACAGAUGAACAUUAGUACGGUGCCUAUGUCAGGGAUGCCUAUGGGUCCAGACCAGAAAUACUGCUGACAUCUGCACCUGUGAUCUCCAACUGAGAAUGCACUGUAUUAAUGAUGCACUAGUAUUAGAAAGAAAAGUUAUGCAUUCUUCAUGGCAACUAGUCCUGGCCUUAUGGAAGUGACUUUUUCCUGCUAAUCACCAUGGUGUCCUAAGUUAUUUCAUUGAGGAAAAGAUGAAAACAAACUUUUUUAGUAGAAGCGGUCUGUAUUACUGUAUAUUGUGUUGUACAAAAAAGGUCAUAGAUAUUUUUGGCGCUCUGCCUCUAGAAAUGUGAAUUUGGCAAUGGCAUUUUAAUAAGUAUGAUGGGUAGAGCCAGCCCUGAAAUACCUUGUCUAUUUACUGUAGCUAUCCAAAGCCCUUUAUCUACAGGCAGACAAAAGUGCCUGGAGAAAUCACAGUGGUAAGAAUUUUCUGAUUUCUCUAGUAAGAAUAUCUGACAGAGAAUGUAGUUCCUAGCCUUGACUCUUUUAUAUGAAUUCCUGAAUAUAAAUGCUGCUUUUAAUCCCCUACCCCCCAAGAGUCAGGAUUUCCCAGGCAAAGUUAUCAGUGCAAAAUGAAUUGGCACAUACUAUUCCAGAAUCCUGUCAAUUGAUGCCAAGGGGUAAAACGAGCGGAUGAUAAAUUUAAAUUAUUUAAAUGCAAUUGUGACUAAUAUUUACAUAUUGAUGUGCAGCUGAGUGCACUUUAUAGAAGACUAUAUAAUGGAUUAAUGCAAUAUCUUUAAUAAGGACUUAAUAUGAAGGUAGGGUGUACUCAUGUUCCUUCUCAAACACAAUCUCUUAAAAAUUAUUUGAAAAGACUGCAUAGUGUGUUUUGUGUGUGGAAAUCAGAGCAAUAAUCUUUCAUCGUUUUGAAAACAACUUCAGAAAACUCAAGGCAAGGCACUGCAGUCUGAAUCAGAAUUUUACAGUCUUUCUUUUUGUGAAUAAGUUUUGUAAAUAUGUUCUUUAAGAUAAUGUAUUAUAUAUAUGACUUUUGUAGGUCACUAACUCAUUUUUGCAGAGUUUGUGAAGCUAAAUAUUUAACUAAAUUGAUUUAUGUAAACUCAGCGUAGUUGAGGUCCAAAUAGAAUACUUUUUUUUAAUUGAUGACUUUGAAGCUGGGUGACCUUGGCCCACAACUUUCUCCUCUUUGGUCUUCGACACUUCAUUUAUUUUUACAUCUUUAACAUGUAGCUUUUUAUAAAAGACCAGUUGUUCGAUGCUUUCUCCACCUGUGAGCACUUUGUUACGUUUAUUUUUACGUAUGGCAGUUGGACAGAAAGUCUCUGCGUUCUAAGAUGUUGUGAUGGUCACGUCUUUAUUAUCUUGCCUUUUCUGCUGAUGGAUCCAGACUGUGUCUUUUUUGGGCAAAUUUAAUGAACUCUACAUGUUCUUCAAAAGAAGUCUGUCUGUUGCAAAAUAUACGUCAUGUGACAUCCAGAAAUCUUUAAGGAUAUUAAGCCACACUUUAACCAAAUGUCUGCACCUCAUUGGAUUGUUCUAAUAGUGAUGAAUGUACUUUCUGAGCAGGCUUCUCUUGUAUCAGUAUUUAAGUUUGGUUACAAAUUUGUUCCUAUUAUUUGCUGAUUGUUUUUUUUCCCCUCCUAUCUUGGUUCCUUGGAAUGAAGAUCCUGUUGCAGUUUGUCCGGUCUCAGGCAGUUACAGCGAGUCAAACCCGUACACUUCCAUAAGGGACAACCCAGAAAUGCUUAAGAUACAUGGUGCUUUUGCACUGUUGUUCACUGUAUAAUGGAAAACUGACUUCUCCCAAGCAAGUAAAGUCAAAAAACCAAAAGCAUUCUCAAUUGCUUCUUGGUACUGUAAGUAAGUGUGAGGCGGUUUUAUUUUUAAGAAUAUGCAGCGAUCUUCCAUUUUAAUAGACAUUACUUACCUAGAAAAAAAACUUCAGGAUGUUCCUCGAUAGCAUACAGCCAGUUGUGUUCCAAAGAGAAUGUAGAUUCCAUCUACUUUUAUGCAACCCUGUUUUUGCAAUCAGACCUGAAUAUAUAGAUUUGGUGGUGGUAUUUAUUUGAAACCUUCAGUCCAAUUCACGUGUGGGUUUUUUUAUUGCAAAACUCUUAAAAGGCUGAGGAACUUUUAUCAUCUUAUUUCUUAGGAUGUAUCUAUUUGUUGAGUAAGUGCUGCCUACUGAAGUCAAAAGGCAACAGGCAUUUGUUUUUUGUAUCAAAUGAGAGUAGAACAGUCCCUGUAUUUUGUAGUUAUUCAUUAUAUUGAUGGAAACUACAAACCCUGGUUGCUUUCAUUAGGUGAGCUCUUAGACUGUGCACUACUUUAGACAUUGUGCCCUGUUGUUUUUUUUUAAUGAGUGAUUCUGUUUAUGCGUCUGUGUGUAACUGGUGCUUGACCAGUGUUACAAAAGAUCAUCGGUUUCUCAUCUAUAUGCAGAAUGUUGGAGCUUUCUCAUACAGAACCUACUUUUUUGCUGAAUCCAAAGAUUUUUAGUUUAAACGUGACUGGGGGGAGGGUGCAUUUGUUUUUUAUAAUAAAUCGAUAACAUCUUUCUUGGCAACAAUGAUCCUAAAUACUAUAUCUAGUUUGAAAAACUUAUCAGCUGCAGUAAAUAAAACUUACCUUGAAACAAGUUAGCAUUUAUAUCUCCACCAGUUCUGAUUUGGUUCUGCAGCAGCAGAUUAUUGUUCUGAUUAUUUUUUUGAACAAAAACAACCAUGUAACAUUUCUCACCUUUACGGGGGCAGUUUGCUGGUACAGCCACCUCUGAUCACUGCUGCACUCUGACAAUAGCUUUGCUGCUUGUCUUCGUUGUUCUUUUGAUCGCAGAAACUGUGUUUAUAAAGUCCACACGUAGUACCUUUAUCCAAUCCUGGUCUGAAAUUCUGCUUUUAAAUUUAGGAAAUCAGGACCACUUUUCAUUUAUAAAACAGAACUAUUUGAAUGUUGUACCAAUUAGCACAGAUUUUAUUUUUGAAUUGAUGUGCAGACUACCAGGUGAUUGAAUGAUACAGCGAGUAUAAAACCAUGUUAUGUUGAGAGCAAUAUUUUAAAAAAUUCUCAGGAGAAGGCAUACAGUAUUGAGAAUUGCAUUUAAGUUUAGUUUACGUUACGUAUUGCUUGAAAUAUCUGUAUCUAUGUUGCAAAACAGAAAACCUUGGGGACUGAGUUAUUAAAGAGUUGGUUGUAAGGUAUUACUGCUCUUCUGAUUUUUGUGUUUGGAUGUUAAUAAUAAUGUAAAUAAAGGUUUCUAUUUAAAAUCA